ACAGGUUUUGAUAAAUCUCCCCCAAUGUAUGUAUGCAGGUGCAGGCUGCUGUGGCUGAAAUACGGAUGGAAAUAGAAGAAUUCUAGCAGCACACUACUAGAACAAAGCACCGGCGCGCACGCCCCCUAAGGAACGGGGACGCGCGUGCCGAGGCUGAGAUGAAGCAGCAGGAGGAGUGGACGUGGUCUUCUACCACAGAAGAAGAAGGUAACAUGGCUCCUGAGAGAAUCCUCAUCACUGGAUGCAACAGAGGGAUUGGCUAUGAACUGGUCCGGCAGCUGACAGAACAACAAUGUCCGCCUAAACAAAUCUUUGCAACUUGUCGUGAUCCCAGCUCUCCUCAGAAUAAGAAACUGAAUGAUCUUGCUGCAAAAUAUCCGAACGUUAUUGUUAUAAAGUUAGAAACCAGAGAUGCUAAUAGUGUUAAAGAGGCUGUAAAGGAGGUGGAAAAACAUUUGAAUGGAGCUGGGCUGAAUUUAUUGGUUAAUAACGCUGGGAUCUUGCCAGCCAGCAAUCUUGAGUCUGCGGACUCUGCAGACUUAAUGAAUGUCUACAGCACCAAUGUAGUUGGACCAUUUUUGAUGGCAAAGGAACUGUUGCCAUUUUUAAAAAAGGCUGCGGAAGAAAAUCAGGAAAAACCUUUAAGUUGCAGCAAGUCUGCUAUAAUAAAUAUUUCCUCACUGUUAGGAUCCAUAACACUGACGCCAGUAAAAUUUGAUGAAUACCCAGCACUUUCCUAUCGAUGCAGCAAGGCUGCUCUUAAUAUGCUCACACAGUGCCAGUCUUUGGGUUACAAGAAAGAUGGCAUUUUGUGCACUGCUGUCCACCCAGGAUGGGUCCAAACAGACCUCGGAGGCCCUAAUGCUCCUCUCACCGUGGAACAGAGUGUCCAAGGAAUUCUCAAGGUUCUGGACAGCCUUUCUGAGGAGCAUGCUGGAAUUCACAUCAGCUGGGAGGGAAAUGUACUACCUUGGUGAAAUACAUGCAAACCAAAUGCAGGCACACAUUGUUAUAUGUACACAACUAGCUUAUGGGAAGAAUACAACUGUUUCAUACUGACCUGCAACUCAGGUUGCAAACUGAGCAUGAAUCACACCCCAAUAAGUCCACACACCCCAGAUUCACAACUCUCCGCUACCUCUUAUGUGGAUUAUAAAUUCCUUCUGAAACCCACAUGCUGUUGUUUUCCAACAAAUAGUUCAAUACUCUAUGAACAGUAACGGAUCACAAAAACAUGGUGCAAAACAUGGCCAAAAAAAGUCCUACAUAACUUGCACCAUAUUUUCAAUAUGUUAUAGACACUUUUUAGCAGUGGUGAAACUAUAGGGGUUGUAGUUUUUUCUGUGUUAACUGUGAUGUCUUGUAUUAUAUACAUUGAAUAAAGUA